AUGAGUGUCAACAGCGCCAUCGCGGGUUUGCCCGCCUACAAGACCCUCGACGCCUUCGUCAAGUCCGGCAGCACCGAUGCAAAGGCUCUGGACGACACGGUCCAGGAGUUCAAGAAGCUCGCAAAGAAAUCCGAGUCCGAAAUCGAGGACUUUCUUUGGGACACGUACAACGCCAUCUUCGCCGUUGCCAAGCAGACUUCGCCCGAAAGGCAAGGUCCCCUUGUCGAGUUUCUGCAGCGCCUGCGCGAGACCACCGUCACGGCCUCUGAUGGUCAGCCUCUCAAGCUGAGCAACCAGGUUGUUUGGAAGGAGCUUCCUACCUUUGGAUGGGUUGCCCGUGAUCUAUGGAACUUUGAUGCUCUAGACACAUCCGCAUCCAAGGAAGAAAAGGCCAGCUGGGACAACCUUUCCGCCUUCGUCGCCCAGUUGAUCGCCCGAGCCGACCUCAACGACCCCCAGGACCCCUUUGACUUCUCCCUCUACGGUCUCUGGGCCCUGCGCACCGCCUUUGAAGAAGAGCACCCCGCCGACGCGGACGUCGCCGCCGCCGUGAAGCAGGCCUUCCUGUGGAUCAACUACUCCGGCGACGCCCUGCAGAAGCUGAGCGCCGAAAACCGCACCUUCCAAGGCAAUUCUGGCAAUGCCGGUGGCAAGUUUGGCGAUCGCGAGUGGAAAGGCUUGAACGAGGAGAGGUGGGGUGCCUGGAGGGAGGCGUUUGCGUCGGCGCAGGCUUCGCUGGGGGACGAGGAGGUGAAGGGUCUUGCCGCGAAGGCUGCGGAGAGCAUGAAGGGCAAAUGA